CUUUGCGGUCGCAGCUCGUUUGGGUAAGGAACCAACGUCCCCGUUCACGGUGAAAGCGCCUCCGGCAUGCACGGUACUGGGGUAGAAAAUUUUCAGUUAGACUUGUCGAAAUGAAAUAAGUACUGCCCAUGCACGCAGCGUCCGGUACUGCCACCGGCGGAUAAAUCCUGGCGGGUAGGUAGCGCCCCAGGCAUUGCACAAGUGAUCGCCCCGUCAGUCGGGCAAUCGCUGGCUGUCAGGCCCGUACUACAUGGUUCACGGGUUGUCAGACGCGGGUACGGACAGCCUGCCCAGGUGCGGCUCCAGGUGGUGAUGCGAAUGCAAGCGAGCAGUCUCAUGAUGUGGUGGGCGUCCGGAAGUUGAUCCGAAGUGCUAGUAGAAACGUUACAGGAACGUUUCUCGGCUCUGGGUCAGUCGUCAACGACUGCCCAUUCAGGAUGGCUCGCUGGCCGAAUGACGGCCACGGGCGUUCGUGGGACUGCCAAAUCACAAGCUGUCAGGGAACGUGGUGACGGGUGGCCGCACGCUACGCUGCAAGUCGCAGGUUUCUCGUGGCCGGGGCGAGAGCACACGGCUAGAAGCGCAGCACGAGGUCUAGUCGGCGGCGGGCCAGACGCAAGGCGGUCGCUUCUCGUCAUGAGCAAGGGCAGCAGCCUCUGUCAUGGUGGAGCGGUGCCGAAUACGACAGGCCAUCGCCUGCGGCCUGCGGCCUGCGAGCUGCUCGGCGCACUGCGGCCGACUGCCGCUCAAACACUGCAGUGCGGCGUCGCUGCCGGCGGGCGACCCUUUUUGCAGCAGGGUGCGAUGGGGAUCUCAGGAUACUCGCCAAACGGCGGACACUUGCUCAUCUCCGGUAGGGCCCACGCGAGUUCGGGCACCGUUGGCUGGCGAGCGGAGGGCCGUCCAGCCAGCCAGAUUGCGUUGUGGCCGCCGACCCCUGCAUCUGCGCCACCAUCUGGCGUGGCAGGUGUGGCAGGUGUGGUGUGGCACUGCCUGGUGUGGCACUGGAAACGUGCUUCCCCACGUUGCAGCGCCGCAACGCGUGUCCACACCCGCCCGGGAGCCCCACCGCAGCGGCAAACACCGCGCAGAAUUGCGCUCUCGGGCGACGAUGCUCCUGCUCCUGCUCCUGCUCCUGCGCCCGCACGCCCUGCUGCGCUGCUGCCGGGCGUGAGGGUGCCGAGGUGCCCGCCGGCCAGGUCGACGCAGAACGCAACUGCCGGCGCCGUCGAGGCUCUAGACCGCCUGGCCUGCUCGACCCUUGGCUCGCACAGCAGCCGAGAGUCGCGGGACGCAGCCCUUUUCAGACGUCGCCGGUCCCAGGCGUCCUGGCUGCCACGCGCGGCAGAGGCAGGCCGCAGAGGCAGCGCGAUCAGCAGGAGCACCCCGGGGCGCUGCGACUAG